GAGAGCUGGCAGUCUCGUAAAACGGAUUUUGCGCUUAGUCAGGAUGCGUGCAGCAGUUUUAUGGACCGCUCCAGCACUCGGAAAAUGUAUACAGUUUUCCAUUUACAGCCUUCGCGCUCCACUGCGCCUGCAGCCUCCGCUGUUUGCCAUAAAAUAUCGAAAUGUUCGCAGCCAUAAAAGUUUAUGAGUGCAGGCACCCAAAUUGGGAUUGCCCAAGCUUCGAGAUCCAGGACACAGGGUGGAAACUUGUCAGAACUUAACAUUCAGCCAGCUGGCAAACUCUCCGGAAAUGGAUAAGUACGUGGCAUUCACGGUCAUCACCGUCUUCUGGCUGCUAUUCGCCAUCAUUGGCUUCCUGGUGUCCUACCGAUACGAGGAGCGUGGUCUCAUCCGGUCCUGUGUGAUCCUCACGGUGGUGUGCUGCUACUUGGCCUGGAUGGUCACCUUCGUGAUGCAGUUGAAUCCACUGAGCGGACCGAGAGCCAAGCAGAAGAUUAUCCUCGGCAUGAUAUGCUACUGGCCCAACUCUUUUAUCCACGAUCAGAGGGACCCGUAGAAACGCUGCAGAUUAUAUAUUUUUAUAAAGCAGGCCUAGGUGUCAUUAAUGUUCAUGCUUGGAGCACAUCCUUCGAACACUAUUUUCUUGAAAAUAAUUGCUAAACUUUCUGUAUCGCCGUCGAAAAUUUUUUUCCAAGUUAUUCAGGGCCUAUGAAUUAUCGAACUAUGCUAAAUCGAAAAGGCCGCCGGCUUUUAUAUUUAUAUAAAUCA